AAAAGUUGAACUAUGAAAAUAAAAUCUAAGUUUUUUCACGUAAUAUUUGUGUAUACGUAAAGUAUUCAAAAAUCGAUAAUGGAACUGGAUAUUGUUAAAAGCGCACGCGUCAACUGAUACUGAUAUAUGUCAGCUGUCUACCGCUGAAUACAAGCGUAAAUUGAGAAUUAAAAUAUUCUCUAUCCUAUUACGAAGUCUUCCAAUGAAGAAAUAUAGUUUUAAUUAAACUUAAUGGCUUGUGAUAAUCGUCCUAAAGUGUACCUAGGAUAUGAAGAUGAAUACGUUACUGAUAAACAUCGGCCGAGUAUUACUUUUAUGACAAAUAAAAUCGGUGGAUUUCCGAAUUGUUAUGAAAAGAAUAUAUUGUCAAUACCACAGUGUAGAUUAUGCAGGUUGUAUCAACUCCUGGCUCUUCAACUAUAUGUUCCAUUAGAUAACUCUAAGUACCAUCGAACACUUUAUAUUUUCACAUGUAUCAAUCCAAAUUGUUGGAAUCAAAAUGAAAGUUGGACUUGUCUAAGAGUUCAAGUACUAGAAGAUGAAUAUAAAUCAAAUGCUUUAGACAGUAGUACUAUACACGUGCCAUCUACAACAUCAUGGUUAUCAGAUGCAGAUGAUUGGGGUGAUAAUAAUUUAAAUGAUAAUUCUGAACAAAAUGGAAAUAACUUAUUAUCCAAUAAUGCAACAGAUUUUAAGUUUGGUUUUGAAAAAGAAGUAGAUAAAAACAUAAGAGAAGAAUUCUCUGCACUACAUGUUGAUGAUCCUAAUGCAAAUAGCCCAACAAGCGUAGAAUCUCCAGUUGGAAUAGGUGCUGUAGGUAGAUUAGAUUCACCUCAAGCAUCAGCUGAAAUUGAUGGAGAAGAAAGUGAAGUUGUCUGUAUUGAUAGUCCAGUUAAGCCUCAAUGUGAUUUAAUUAGUUUGCUACGCGAAGUAACUCCAUUUCCUAUUCAAAUAGAAUCAAAUACAGAAACAAAGUUAUCAUUUGCUGAAAUAUUCCUUUCUGUUGAAGAAGAAGAUUAUAAUGCUGACUUGUCACAGCAUAUUCGUGAUUUGAUUGUUGAAUAUCAAUAUAGAAACCCUGACUUAUCAACAAAAUCUGUAGGAGAUUCGACUGAAAGUAAAACUAUAGAAACAGACUCAGAAAAAUAUGAAAAGGGCAUUCCUAUGCACGGGGAUGAGAUGUUCCAUAACUUCAUUUCUCAGAUACAAAAAAAUCCUGGUCAGCUAUUACGGUAUUCACGAGAUAAUUCUGCGCCACUGAUACUAUACCCUAUCAGCGGUUAUGUUGGAAAAUGUCAACAUUGUGGCAGUGAAAUGACAUUUGAAGUACAGAUUUUGCCUACAUUAAUUUCCAAAUUGAUACUACAACCACGAACUGAGAAGAAUUUCCAAAUUGAAUUUGGAACUGUUUUAAUAUAUACUUGUGUAAGAAGUUGUUGGUCACCAAUGGAUUUAUACAGGGAAGAACACGUUAUUGUUCAAGCAGAAAGAUUAUAGUGAUAUUAUAAUAAAAAUAAAUUUAAUAGAAUUUUAAAUUUCCGACUUUAGGAAAAGUA